UAAAAAUGUUAUCGCCCUCCUUCGCUUUUAUUCGGAGGAAGAGCUUGUAUGUCCAGCGAAGACCUUACCGCCUCCUUAGGAGAAUUCUUUGAGCUGACAAACUCGGGGCGCCCGCGUCCUGCCAUGCUUAAUAGGUCUCAUAAAUACUUGUAAGAUUAGAAUGAGAUGGAUUGGAGGAGUCAGAGGUUUACAUUUCCUAAUUAUUGCGCAUUUUCUUGAGUAGCCCUAUAGAUUAAUUUAUUCAACAACUAGUUUAUUGAAUGGCUACCAAGGAUCGAGAAUUGUAGACUUUGAGGACGCUGCGAUAAACAAAAAUCUGUUCUCAUGGAGCUUACAUCAUAUUGUGGGGAGCAAGAAAACGAGCAAGUAAAAUAUAUGGUACAUUAGAAAGUGAUAACUUUUGUGGAGAAAAAUUAAAAGGCUUUUUUUUUUUCUUCUCUGACAUUGGAAGCCAUUUGAAGGUUCUGAACUAAAGAGUGACUAGGUCUGAUGGGUUCACUGUGUUGAGACUGAAGAGAAGCAGGGGAAGCAGCAGGAAGAUCUGUUAGGAGGCUACUCUAAUGGUCCUGUUGAGAGAUGAUGGACAUUCAGUACAGUUGACUGCCUUUUUGUGAGAUUAUUAAAUACAUUGUGGAGGAUAACAAAACUAAAGAAGAAUGGAAGAAGAUAGGCCGGAAGAUUUACCUCUUUCUCCAAAAGUUUGGAAUCCUGAGGUAACCGUGUUGGUGACAGGCCAACCACCUAGUGCCGUAGAAGAAGAAGAGGAAGAAUCAACUAAUGUAGUAGAUAUAGAAGUUAUCCCAGAAAUCGGAGAGCCACUUUCCCUUCUAGAGAUGCUGAGACUCUCUGCAGUUCUGGAGGAUACCCUUGACCAACUUUCUAUUCUAAACUAUAUCAUGCCAGUUCACUAUGAAAGAAAACAAAGCACUAGCAUGAAUAUCAGUAGCCUAGAAAAAUCUCUGCUGGUCUCUACAAACAAAAUAUCUACUCCAGUCUCAACUAAAGAAAAAUCCACAUUGCCAGAAAUGCCGCAAGGAGGUCAAUUUUCCAUGGAGUUUAACAGAAUGCAGGAUCUUGUCUUUAAACAACCUACAAUGCAGUCCAUAAUGUCUACAGAGAUAAUGAAGAAAAUUCAGAUUGAUAGGAUGUUUUUCAGUGAUGUGAUUGAAAAUACUAUGCGGGAGUUACAAGAUUCAGGCACUUUCACAACUCUCCUGCAAACCUUAAACAAAGAAAGGGGGAAAAAAAUGCAUUUCUAUGAUAUCAUUGCCAGGGAGGAAAAAGGAAGAAAACAGAUAAAAUCCCUUCAAAAACAACUAAUUAAUGUCAAAAAAGAACGGCAAGCUGAAGUACAGAGACGGAAUGAAUAUAUUGCUCACCUCAAAGACCAACUGCAAGAGAUGAAGGCAAAAACCAACUUGGAGAAUCUCUACAUGAAAAGAAACACUGAACUUCAGAUUUCCCAGACCCAGAAAAAAUGUAACAAAACAGAGGAACUCUUGUUGGAAGAGAUUGAGAAAUUAAGAAUGAAAACUGAAGAAGAGAACCGAAUUCAUAUGGAGAUUGAAAUGUUCCUUAGAAAAGAACAACAGAAACUUGAGGAGAAACUGGAAUUCUGGAUGGAAAAAUUUGAUAAAGACACAGAAAUGAAACAGAAUGAAUUAAAUGCUCUCAAGGCUGCAAAGGCCAGUGACUUAACACACCUUCAAGACCUAGCGAAGAUGAUAAGGGAAUAUGAACAGGUCAUCAUUGAAGAUCGUAUAGAAAAGGAGAAGACCAGGAAGAAGAUAGAACAGGAUGAAUUGGAAUUGAGGAGUGCCAUAAAGCUCCAGGCAUGGUGGCGAGGCACUGUGGUAAGGAGGGAAAUUGGAAGUUUCAAAAUGCCUAAAGACAAAGAUGAUAGCAAGGAUGCAAAAGGUAAAGGUAAAGGUAAAGGUAAAGACAAGGACAAACGAAGAGGCAAGAAGUGAAUAAGCCACCUUUUAUCCUUUCCUGUGAUGUUCUGGAGAUGAGAAGGAAGACUUGGCCAUCACAAAUACUUCACUUCAGGUUGUUUAUGCAGACAUAAACAACAGUUUAUGCAGAUCGCCAGAUGAUUUCACUUUGUAUUAGUUUUCAAUCCGUGAAUUAGCUAUUGAAUUUGUGUUUCUUCAUAUUUUGAUUUUGAUGUGAAGAACAGUUUUGAGUAGACUUGUAAAGAUCUUGGUCUUCUCACCAGAAAAGAGUUCUUGGGCUUGGUUACAGUGAUGCAUUAAAACUUCAGUAAUUCCUGUAAUGUCUCAGAUUCUGAUUUUUUCUAAUUUGUCUAAAGUGAAAAAAACGCAUAUGAGCAAAAGUGAAGUAUUUGCAGAAAUUACAAGGUGAUGUUUUAUAAAGUUAUGUAGCAUAACAUACACAUGGUAAAAUAUAAUGAGUGUUGAUUCCUCUCUUUAGAUUUUUUAUUAUCACUUUAGUGUUUUCAUGGCUGGUGGUGGCAUGGAAUAUACACCUUAUGAUAAACUGUUCCCACAGCUUUUCUGGGAAUAAGUAGGGAUAUAAGUUAUAAAUACAAGAUUGAAGUGGAAUGUUAGAAUACAUAGCCCACAAAUGGUAAACAUGAGGAAUAGGUUUUCUGGAAGACUAAUUUGCAGUAUGUAAAAACCCAGCCUAUGCCUGACACAUAGUAAAAAUGUCAUUCUCCCUCUUAAAAAACAAUAAGACAGGGCUGGGGACAUGGCUCAGUUGGUAGGGUGCUUGCCUUGCAUAAACAAGGCCCUGGGUUCAAUCUCCAGCACCACAAAACAAACAAACAAUGAGACCAUGAGGUCAUUCUUGCCUUGAUUAAUUAAAACAAAAUAUUGGGUACAGUGCAGCUGAUCAUUUCUGAGAGGAAAGUUGUCCUAAUGUGUCACAUAUUUCA